AUGAUCAUUUUGGAAGUUUGUAACCGAGCUGUAGAAGAAAUUCUGGUCACCAGAUUUGAACAGGCAAAGGAGGAAUCUAGAUAUGAUAAGAUUGAUUACACCGUUGCGGACUUCGAUAGUAUUGUUUACACUAUAAGUAAUCCUAACAAUGACAAGAAAAAGAUACUUGUCAGUAUAUAUAUUAGAUUCUUCCAUGAAUUGAACGAACAUGGAGUGAAUGAAGUAUUGGCUCGUGAGUAUGGUGAUUUUCUCUCUUCAGCAGAGCCCAAUCAGAGUGUAACCUUAUGCAUAGAUUUGGAAAGACUUCCUCCAGAUCAUAAUCAGUUAGCUCAUAAAUGUGGUCUUUUAAAAAGAAAUUGUAUGGCAGCUGUUUUUGAGAAGUUUUUCGAAUAUCAAAUUAAAUCUAACGUGGAUUCGGGUUCUAAGAGGGCGGUGAUACAUUAUAGAGACGAUGAGACAAUGUAUGUACAAGCAUUAGCUGAUCGAGUUACAGUUAUCUUUAGUACAACAUUUAAAGAUCCAGACGAUUUGUUAAUUGGAAAAGUUUUUAUGCAAGAGUUUACUGAGGUAAGAAGACGUCUUGAUCGAGCACCUCAAGUAUUGUAUUCUCAUCGCGUUCCACCAAAAGAAUUACAGGGAACUGAUGCAGUUAUCAGUGACUCAGUUGCGUACAUUACUUUUGUGCUUUUUCCGCGUCAUUUAUCCACUGAAUCUGCGCGUAAUUCUACCAUCGAUCUAAUACAAACAUUAAGAAACUAUUUACACUACCAUAUUAAAUGUUCCAAAGCUUAUAUGCAAAUGCGUAUGCGUGCUAAAACAGUCGAGUUCUUGAAAGUACUCAACCGUGCCCAUAUUGAACAUCCAACAAAUACUGUGAUUAAUACUAAUAUUACGACUGUUUCUGGUGAACCCACGCCUAUUUCACCAUCAGUGAACAAAGUCGGUGGUAUUCAAAGUGAUAAUAUGGGUCGAACAAUGCGUACAGGUUAA